GGGUUAGAGGAAGGAGACAGAGACAGAGCGGUGAGGAGAGAGGCAUCGUCUCACUGAUGCUGAGUCACAUAUCAAAGGGACCACAGCUGCAUCCCAUGAGUCUUUGGGAAUAAUGGAGGAGCUUGAACACACCUGCCCUCAUCCCCGAACGACUCUCACCGAGCCUGCCAUCUUUGCCAGCGAGACCAGCUGUGACUGUCGUGCACCUCAUGAGAAACUCACCAUCGCGCAGGCCCGCAAAGGCACCCCAGUGGACCGGCCGGUCAGAGUCUACGCGGAUGGCAUCUUUGACCUGUUUCACUCUGGACACGCUCGUGCUCUCAUGCAGGCCAAGAAUCUCUUUCCGAACACCUACCUCAUAGUAGGAGUGUGCAGUGAUGAACUGACUCAUAAGUACAAGGGCUUCACAGUCAUGACGGAGCACGAGCGUUACGAAGCGCUGAGACACUGCCGCUAUGUCGACGAGGUCUUGAGAGAUGCGCCCUGGACUCUCACACCCGAGUUCCUUGAGAAACACAAGAUCGAUUUUGUGGCUCAUGAUGAUAUUCCAUACUCCUCAGCAGGAAGUGAGGAUGUUUAUAAACACAUCAAGGAGGCAGGGAUGUUUGUGCCCACACAACGCACAGAAGGAAUCUCGACCUCUGACUUGAUUACGAGAAUCGUCAGAGAUUAUGACGUUUACGCCCGACGCAACCUUCAACGUGGAUACACGGCCAAGGAGCUUAAUGUCAGCUACAUCAACGAGAAGAAGUACCGGCUACAGAACCAAGUGGAUCGCAUGAAGGAGAAAGUUCGUACAGUCGAGGAAAAAAGCAAGCAUUUUGUUUACCGUGUGGAGGAAAAGAGCCACGACCUCAUUCAGAAAUGGGAAGAGAAAUCCAGAGAAUUUAUUGGAAACUUCCUAGAAUUAUUUGGACCUGAUGGGACAUGGAAACAAGUGUUUCAGGAGCGCAGCGGUCGAAUGCUCUCCUACGCUCUGUCCCCCAGAGAGUCGCCCUGCAAUAGCCCACCCCGCGAACUGUCCCCCCUGCGCUCCCCCUCUCCCCCAUCUCCCCCCGCCCGCUGGCACAACGCACGGCCCUCGCCCCCCACCUCCCCUAAAGGAGCGUCUGCCUCCAUAAGCAGCAUGAGUGAAGGGGAUGAAGACGAGAAAUAGAUGGACUGCUUCAAACACACACACAAACGCGCACGCACACACACACACACACACACACACACACACACACACACACACACACACACACACACACACAC